CCGACUCACACAUACUCACCCCGCUCCCGCGGUCCCCUUCCUCUUACCGGUGGGCCCCUUUCGCCACACACUCCUCUGAGGACUUCCUCCAUUCCCCUUCCGGCUAUGGAAGGGAGUUCAUCCGAGGAGAUCGCCGCGACGCUGUCUACACCCCAGGUCAGCGCAUCGUCAGCGACUCAUGAUCAGGCCCAUGCGGACACCAUGAACCUUCAUGCCAUCCUUAUAGCAAUCCAGGCACAACUUAGUACGCUUGGACCGUUGCAAGCGCAAAUCAAUGCGCUAGCCCUUGACGUCAACCGCCUCAAGGGCUCCCCUUAUCGCUCUCCCCACCGCUCUCACACCCCUUCCCCUACCGGCUCCGAUUCCGGCUCCCCAGGACUCCGGAGACGGAGUCACCAUGGUUCUCCCUCCUCUGUGGGCCAGGCCCAACACUCCCCCUUAGCGGUGGCGAAUGUUGUUGCCGCUCAGACCACCCCGUCCAUUGCGGCAGUUCUUCCGGCCAUGGCCGCCCCUACCGUCUCAGCUACUGCCGUAGGUGCUGCGGUCCAGGCGCCUCGGCACUACAAUUCCUCCGGAUACUUCGAUGUGUUGGAGACUGGGUACGACUUUAUCCUUGGCACUCCCUGGUCUCGCCGGUUCCGUUGCACAGAGGCCGAAUGGGCGACCAAGACACCCGUUCUCAAAACGAAGUGUGGUCAGACCCAUCGCGUCCCCUUCAUUGGAACCACGGGCGACACGCCUCCCGACCUACCUCCCCGUGACCCUCGUCCAUCAAGGUCUCACCCCGACAUCGCCUUCACUUCCCCUCGUCAGUUCGCUCACUUCAUACGACAGGAGUACAUCACGUUCUACUCAGUGAACGUCAUGGAUCUUCUUUGCUACGAUCCACUUUGUCCCGAGGUUGACCUCAUCUCUCUUAAGCCCGAUCCCCCUGACCCUUUCUCCAUCUUUGCUGCUCCCAUCUCUACGUCCACCCGUCAACCUGCGGAUACCCCCUCCACGUCCCUGGCCCCUGAGCCGUCGGCUGUCGAGUCCACACAUACGUCUCGUGCCGACGCAGAUGCUGAGGAACUCACACGGUUCAUGGCAGACUUAGAGCCCGCCGUUCGUGACCUGAUUCGAGAGUACCGCGACGUCUUCCCCCCGUAUUUCUCAUACAGCGGGAUUCCCCCGAUGCGCGGUGUUGAGCAUUCUAUCCAGCUCGUGCCUGACUAUCGUGUUCACCAUCAGGCACCGUACCGACUCUCGAUUCCAGAGGCGUCGGAACUCAAGCGUCGGCUUGAGGAGCUCCUUCGACUGGGUUUCAUUAAACCCAGUAACUCCCCUUGGGGUGCACCUGUCCUCUUUGCUCGGAAAGAGGACGGAACUCUAUGCCUCUGCAUCGACUACCGCGGCCUUAACCGUUACACGGUUAAGAACAGUUAUACCAUGCCCCGCGCGGAUGAGCUGUUUGACCGUCUGGCAGGCAACCGCUUCUUCACGAAGAUCGAUCUUCGUAGCGGUUACCACCAGAUCCGCGUUGCCACAGAGGAUCAACCGAAAACCGCCUUCCGAUCGCGCUUCGACCACUACGAGUUCACGGUGAUGCCAUUCGGCCUCACCAAUGCACCCGCCACCUUCCGGACGGCGAUGAACGACAUCUUCAGGGACAUCCUUGAAGAAUACGUUCUCGUAUAUCUGGACGACAUCCUGGUCUACAGUCGUACCUUAGAAGACCAUCUUAGACACCUCCGCGAUGUCCUACAUCGCUUACGCAAGCAUGGCUUCUAUGCCAAGCUCAGUACGUGCCGCUUUGCCCAGUGCAAAGUGGACUUCCUAGGACACCAUGUGUCUGACCAGGGUCUCCACAUGGACAACGCGAAGAUCACUGCUAUUGCAGAGUGGCCCGUCCCCACAUCUGUCAAGCAGCUUCGCAGUUUCCUAGGCCUCACCAGCUACUAUAGUAAUUUUAUCCAGGGAUACGCUAGGUAUUCCUACGUCCUUACCUCUACCCUCCUCCGGAAGAACCCGCCAUGGUUUUGGACACCCCUGUGCGAGGACGCCUUUCGCGCCCUCAAGAAGACGGUGACGUGUGCGCCAGUUCUUCGCCUUCCUGAUUUUUAUCGUCCCUUUAUCGUCACCACCGAUGCGUCAGAUUUUGCAGUAGGAGCUGUCCUUUCUCAGGUGUUUCCCUCUCCUCCAGAUUCACCUUACCCCCAUGUUCCUCCUUCCCCCCCCCCUCCUGCUGACACUGCUUCUCAACAGACGCCUACCCUCCCACCGCUUCCAUCCACUGACAGUCCUCCUGUUACUUACUUCCCGACCAUCACGGAGGAUGCGACUGUCGAGGCUCGUGCUGGGGAUUGUCCGAUCGCUUUCUACUCCCGUCAGCUACUGCCUGCCGAGAUAAACUACACUGCCGAUGAACGUGAGGUUCUCGCAGUAGUUUAUGCUACCCGGCGUUGGCGUCAUUAUCUGCACGGGGCGCCCUUCACGGUGCGCACAGACAACUCAGUUGCCGAGGCUUUCCUCACGAAGCCUAAGCUUUCCCCUCGACAGGCACGUUGGUGGCGUGACUUAUCCGAAUCACUUUCACCACUCAGCCCAUUAAGGGUGAAACGAACCGCGCCGCCGAUGCCUUGUUCCGCCGUCCUGAUCACAAUCAGGAACCCAUCCAGCUUGUUGCCAUCUCCAUCACCACUGUUGAUCAGUCGGUGAUCGACGCGUAUAGCACUUAGUACUGCCACUGCCCCGAUUAUCGCGUCAUCCACGCG